GGUGUCAUGGGUGACAUGGGACUUCAGGGUCCUGUUGGCCUUCAAGGACAUCAGGGACCAAUGGGUAGACCUGGGCUGGAGGGAAGAAAAGGAAAAAAAGGUCAAAAGGGAGAUGAUGGAAAAAGUGGACGUCCAGGAAAGGAUGGACGCACUGGGAAGAAGGGAAAAAGAGGGAAAGCUGGAAAUAGAGGCAUAAGAGGAAGGCUGGGAGAAAAGGGGAAGAUGGGAGAUUUGGGUACGCUUGGUCCUCCAGGGAGAGACGGUGCAUAUGGUGACACUGGUCCAUGUGGAGAAAAAGGUGCAAUGGGUAGACCAGGCUUUAAGGGAGAACCUGGGGCUAUAGGACCAACUGGCCCUCCGGGUGGAGAAGGGUUGAAGGGAUUGCUAGCCCCUGUUGGAGAGCCAGGAAGAGCUGGUCAAAAGGGAGAGCAGGGGGAUAUUGGUCCACCAGGUAGACGAGGUGCUCCUGGCCUGCCUGGGCUCCCUGGUUUGUUUGGACAUAAGGGUUUGAAGGGAUUUACUGGACCACCAGGCAAUGUUGGAGAGAAAGGCUUACCUGGUCCACCUGGCCCACCCGGACCCCCAGGAAUCUCCCUGAACCUUACACUGACUCAGCUGAAGGAGCUCACGUACAUGUCCGACAAGCCCAACUACAUCCUGGUCCAGACUCUGUUGGACUCCCUUCAGAGAGAUCUUCACUGGUUCAUAAACCCACCAGAUGGCAGCAAACAACACCCGGCUACUACAUGUCUUGAGCUGUGGCUCGCUCAGCCCAACUCCACUAACGGGAUGUAUUACAUUGAUCCUAACCAGGGGAGCCCAGCUGAUGCUUUUCAAGUGUACUGUGACUUCAGAGCAGAGCCGAAGACCUGCCUGUCUCCACUGCAGCCUCAGGUUCCAGUAAAAGCUUGGCUGAAGGAUUCUGGCACCAAUAUGUCAUUUCACUGGUUGAGUACAGUUGAAGACGGCUUCCAGUUUGAGUAUCCGGGAGCAACAGAUGUGGUGCAGAUGAGGUUUCUGCGACUGAACAGUAGAUUCUCCACUCAGACCAUCACUUACUCCUGUCAGCCAGGAAAUGGACAGAGCCGCAGAGAGAGGGAAGUCAAGUUCCUGGCUGACACUCGUAGGCAGAGUUACUUGGCAGCACUGCAAGAGUGUGUGCUGGAGAUGGGGGCCCAGGAUUCAGUUUUUCAGUUUGAAAGUGAAGAUCUCGAAAUGCUGCCUCUCAGGGACUUGGCAGUAUUUGGAAACAACGAACUAACCCAGGAGUUUGGCUUCACCAUAGGACCAGCCUGCUUCAGCUAGGGGAUUCCACCUCUUUGCAUGAUUGCAUCUGUGUGGUGGUCUGCAGUUAUACAGAUCUGAACAGGAAAACCAUGUGUUUCUGGCACUUUUGUACUUUAUAGAAUGACAUCAUUGCUUUGUAGUUCAGAGUUGUCUGAUUCUUUUUUUUUGUGUUGACCAGCCAAUUUAUUCUGGACAUCUUGAGCAAUUUUUUUAAUUACAACGUUUUUCAAAACAACAAAGCUGUGAGGACAAAAGACACAAAGUGAACUGAAGAUCCUCCAGGAGAGAGAGUUUCCUCUGUACAGACUGCUGGCUUGCCCACAUUUCAGAGCAGGGAUAUUUUGAACCUGAAAUUCUUGACAGUAACCAUGUUUUGUACAUUUAUUUGUGUGUUUUUGAAACAUGCCUAUUUAUGUAAAUGCUUGACAUUCAUUUAGUCAUUUUAAUUUGAAUUCAGGUACAUUUUUAUUUGAUCAUUGUGUUCAAAUGACUAUAUAGGUGGUGCUGGAAGCUUUCAGUGACAACUCAUGGUUCAGCAAAGCUAAUAUGAUUGCUUCCUCUAUUGUGGACCCUCCAAUUCUUUCUAUGUUGUCAGAGAUCAGCAAUGUUGACAUGGUCUGCAAUUGGUCAGUCACUUGUCAGUAAAGUAAUCCUCAUAUAUUUUUGCGACUUGGCGCCCCUACAGUUUUGAAGUGCUAUUCGCAAACAUCAAGCAUGUCCAACAACAAAAGACAUAGGAAUCCACCUAAUAUUACUCACUAGUCCAACAGAAGGCCAGCUCACGGUCUGUCUGCAGCUCUCACCAUCAACUAAAAGCUCAAUGUGAUUUUAUGGUGUACAAGAGCUUUGUCCAAAUUGUCACCUAUUUGAACCUAAAUGUUAAAUGUAACUAUUGUAAAUACAUCAUGUAGGUGUUGUAGAUAUUUUUGAACCAAGUUUUUUGGUCAUCGCCUGUAUUAGUGCCUCAGUCAUCUCCAUCUUUCAUCAUGAGCUGUUUUCUGAGUUUGUGAUUUUUUUUAAUUUAUGCUGUCUUUUUUAGGUUUUUGGUUUGAUUUGCUGCACAAAAGUUAAAUUAAUUGAUUAUUUUUUUGGCCACUUGGGGGCUGCAGAACAAGCUGAACACACAAUAACAUAUAUAACCUUAUAAAGAAGUCAAGGGGAAGUAAACAUUUGCUUAUUGCAAAAAUAGUGUUCAUUUGGAGUGGUAUUUGGUUCACCUGAUGAAUGAUGUCCAAUAUUUACUCUAUAUUUAGCUCUGUUAUGUUCUCCACAAACUCUUAAGAAAAAUUUUGCUCUUUAGCGGCUAAAAGCUCCACUAUGUUCACCAGCUAGUCUCUAACCUUGUAUGUCUGCUGUUUGCUGCUGAGCAGGUAGUGUACAGUGGGUUUAUUCUAGCUUUUUUUCCCUCUUCAGUUUUUUGCUAAAAACAUCUGUCUGAAAAUACAGUUCACGGGAGCAGAGUUGCAGGCAAGAAAACAAUGUGCUAAAAGGGAACUGCAGUCUGGUGAUGACUCUCUAUGGGUUUGGCAGUGUGAGAGACGUAUUCAUUCACCACUUGGUUAUAUAAAAAAAAACCUAUUAGUGCAGCUUUAACCAAUAAAUGGUCCCUCGAAGCUACCUGUGCUAAAACUGUAUAAUGUAUACAGUUACAUUUAAUACUGUAUGGUGCUUCAUCAUAAAUUCAUUGAAAUGAAUUUUGUUGUAUGUUGUUUCACUCAGGCAAUUUUGUGUUGAUUCUUGCCGCCCCUGUGGACAAAAGUGGCAGCGUUUCAUUGAUUUCAAGGGGAAUCCCACCCAGUGACAGGCAUUAACAACUACAUAGAAAUAGCAAGUGUUUUUGCUGAUGGUCUUGUGUGCUUACAUAGGACACAUAGGGGCAUGAGUAUUAAACUGAGACUGUUUUAUAACCAGUUAAAAUCUCCUUGUAGUACACUGAACCCCAUGACCACAUAAAGCUCUGCUGUACUCAAAGCCUCAUCCUCAGCAUGCUAAUUUAGUUAGCAAACAGUUAUCAUGCACCAUGCAGAAACAUUUCUGAUCUUGAACUAAUAUCACUGCUGUACAGGAGCAGAGGGUAACCAUGGCUGAUGGGCUUUUCUUUAGACCUGUUCUCAAGAUAAUCUGAUCUAGUUAAUUAUCUGCAACAAGGACAUGAUUCCUCACUGGCUUCCCACCACCGACACUGGUAUGUCUUUCUGGUGGAGGGAGGGAGUGCCACAGUCAGCAUCCUAAGUUAACUUUAGUAACUGUACCUGUAUGCUCAGGCUGAACGGGAACAAAUUUAUGCCAAAAUACCAAACUAUUAGACACACAGUGAAUCAACAGGUGUGCAUCUGGUGACAUGAGAGCCUAUUGUGUGCCUGUUAAUGUGUAUAUUGUAUGUUACCUUUCAAUACAAAACAUCUUCUAUACCUCUAUUUGUUUAUUGUGUGGAGUCCACUGGGACGUUGAGGAAACUUCCACGCAGCACGCAUGCGUGUGUUGUCACAGUGAGAAGCUACAACCUAAUGUUGUUAGGUCGGAAUCAUACAGAUACUGCUUUAAAGGUAUCACUGCUUGUAUUAAUAGUCAUGUUACUGAAU